AUGAAGCGCAAGGAACCGUUGUCCACAGCCCAGGCCAGCUCUGCCAAACGGACGCGGGUGGAAGUGCCCGAAUAUCAUCUGACCCCACCUGUGCGCGAUGAAAACGGGAUUAUAUGGCCCGCUCCAGAGGCUCAGAUGAAGAAAGCUAGAGAGAUUAUCCUUGAUUGUGCUCGUUCGCAGAAAUCGACGUUGAUCGUGCCAGAUAAAGAUGCAGAUGGACUCUCAUCUGGCGUAAUUCUACAUCGUACACUAAUUCUUCUUGGGCUCAAGCCUGAGCUGAUCCAUGUUCAUUUGCUGAGCAAAGGCCAGACGGUCCACCAUGAACACGAACGCAUGGCCAUGACUGCAAAAUCUCCUGAGUACAUCUUCGUUCUUGACCAGGGAUCGCGCAAGUCUGGACCUCUAAUAGACUCUCCUCAUACCGGUUUAGUCAUUGACCAUCACAAUGCCACAUCUGAAGACUUCCCGCAAGGAUCUUACUUCUGUACAGCAAAUAAAUGUCCGCCGGUGGUAACGUCUGCCCUCCUGACAUACCUGCUUUGCGAGCCACUUCAUCAUGGUGUCAGGGAACAGACCGAUUGGCUUUGUGUCGUAGGAACACAUGGCGAUCUAGGCAACACGAUCAAAUGGGAGGAGCCCUUUCCUGACCUCUCACCAACUCUCAAGAAGUACACCAAGAAGGUCUUGAAUGAUGUGGUUUCUUACGUGAAUGCACCUCGACGGACAGCGACAUACGAUGUCAACUCUGCUUUCGAUGCACUCCUUACGGCUGAACAUCCCAAAGACGUCUUGAAACAUUCUAGAUUGCUUGCUGCUCGUCAAGAGGUCAAUGCCGAAGUCGAACGAUGCACGCAUACAGCGCCCAAGUUCAGUCAGGACGGCAAAGUCGCAGUAUUCAGGAUCAAGUCUGAGGCGCAAGUGCACCCAGUCAUUGCAACGAGAUGGGCUGGCCAUUUACAAAGCAAGGCGCUCGAGAUCGUCAUGGUCGCCAAUGAAGGCUAUCUACCGAACAAGGUCAACUUCAGCUGUCGAGUGGCUAGAUGCGCCAAAAGCCGGAAUCCGCCAGUCGACAUCAUACAAAGCCUGAAGGACUAUGCCAGCUUGAAGCUGGCCAAGGACGAAGAUAGCGAUGCAGACAAUGGUCUACCUAGCGAGCAAGAGAUCCCUCUCCUGGAACGACUAGGCGAUGACUUUGCUCGGGGACAUGUACAGGCCAGUGGAGGCAUCGUCGACGUCGAGCAAUUCGAAGAACUAAUGCGCCUGAUGCGUGUGGGCGAGAAGAAAGACAAACCUGAAGGCGCAAGUCCGCAGAAGGGAAAGAAGCCAAUUGAUGCAGGGCAGAGCAACAAACUAACGAGCUAUUUUGGGAAGAGGAAUUGA